GGCUCCGCCUCGCCUCGCCAUGGUGGAGCAGGGAGACGCGGCGCCGCUUCUGCGCUGGGCCGAGGGCCCCGCGGUCUCUGUGCCGCAGGACCCCGCGUUGCAGGCUGGAGGAUGGGUCCGGGGCGGCAGUGGGGGCGGCCGAGUGGCCGCGGAAGCUCCCCGAAGGCGGGAACCCGAGGAGCCAGCUCCCCCCGAAGUGCUGCUGCAGCCCGGGCGCCUGGAGCUGGGCGACGUAGAGGAGGACCAGGUGGUGGCCGUGUUCGUGGUCACCUUCGAUCCUCGCUCCGGAAACAUGGUAGAAUGGUGCUUACCUCAAGAUAUUGACCUUGAAGGUGUCGAGUUCAAGUCUAUGGCCAGUGGGUCCCAUAAGGUUCAGUCUGAUUUCAUCUAUUUCCGGAAGGGCCCCUUCUUCGGUCUGGCCUGCUUUGCCAACAUGCCGGUGGAGAGCGAGCUGGAGCGCGGCGCGCGGAUGAAGUCCGUGGGCAUCCUCUCUCCGUCCUACACCCUGCUCUACCGCUAUAUGCACUUUCUGGAGAACCAGGUUCGACACCAGCUGGAGAUGCCGGGACAUUACUCUCAUCUGGCUGCAUUCUAUGAAGACAAGAAAGGGGUGCUCCACGCUGGUCCCGGGAGGGGCGGCAGCUUGCCACCUGUCUACUGGUUGCCUUCUAUUCACCGCUACAUGUAUCCUGAGAUGAAGAUCACACACCCGGCUGGCUGCAUGUCUCAGUUUAUUAAGUUCUUUGGAGAACAGAUCCUCAUUCUUUGGAAGUUCGCCUUACUUCGAAAGCGCAUUCUGAUAUUUUCUCCCCCACCUGUGGGUGUCGUGUGCUAUAGAGUGUACUGUUGCUGUUGUCUGGCCAAUGUCUCCCUGCCUGGCAUUGGGGGCACUAUCCCAGAAUCCAAACCUUUCUUCUAUGUGAACGUGGCUGACAUUGAGAGCCUGGAAGUUGAAGUGUCCUAUGUAGCCUGUACCACAGAGAAGAUAUUUGAGGAGAAGCGAGAGCUGUACGAUGUCUAUGUGGAUAACCAGAAUGUAAAGACACACCAUGACCACCUGCAACCCCUGCUGAAGCUCAACAGUGCUGACCGGGAGAAGUACCGUCGGCUCAAUGAGCAGAGGCAGAUGCUGCUGUACUCCCAGGAAGUUGAAGGAGACUACAGCCCUUGCGAAGAGGACCUCUUUGUGCUGUUUUUCCUAGAGCAAAACAACCGGAUUUUUCAGACUCUGUUGGAGGUGUCAGCCAGCCAAGACAAAACUCUCACAGCGGAGCAUGCCCGGGGCAUGGGACUGGAUCCCCAGGGAGACAGGAGCUUUCUCAUGGACCUGCUGGAGGCCUAUGGCAUCGACGUGAUGCUAGUCAUUGACAACCCCUGUUGUCCAUAGGUAGAGUAAUAGGACUGGUAUAAGAACUCGUGUGGGGUGACAGGAGCCUGGCGUGCACCCCAGGCCCUCAGCAGCUUCAGUUUUAAUUAAGUUGACACAAAGGACUGUUUAUACUUUACAACUCAUGAAAUUUUUUGCCAUUUUCGUUCUGUUCUUCAGCUCUGGGGCUGGGGGUGAGGCUGCCUGGGCUUUUGUAGCCUUUGGUUGGACAUGGGAAUCUAUGGUCUUCCACUGCUGCUUUUUUUGGGUUUAGUCUUAGGAGUUCUGUGUUUCAGAGUCAAACUCUAGGAUGAACUGUUCAGAAAACCUGUAUGUCUUCGUCCUUUGUUGCAUACGAGAAUAAGAUAACCAUGUGUCCUUGUGUGGCCUUAGAUGUUCAUCUGCCUAAAAACAGAAACUAAUCAGAUGACCUUUCAAGUUCACCAAGUUCAAGGAGUCAAGUUGGGAUCACCUAUUCAUCAGAGGACAAGUCUGCACCUUCUUGGUUCGCUGGAGUAGAGGGACCACGAAGACGAAGAAAAAAAGUGUCUCUGAUAGAAUGGCAGGGAAAGAAUCCUUGAAAUGCUUCCUAAAAUAAGGGAAUGUGAGUUACAGCAUACACCCCACCCCGCCUCCCCACCACCCCAGUCCUCUUGGUCAGUGCUGAGGGGUGGUGCUGGCCCUGAGCUUACGAGCAAAUUCACUUGUCCUCCAGUCUCUCUUAAGCCUGGGAAUCCUCUGGGACUAACAGGUCCAAAUAGGUAAGGGAGGAAAUCUCCAGUUUCUCUAAGAACUCUGUGGAGGGAUGGUACACAGCAGACACUUCUGAUGAAUUCUGAAAAGUAGCCAGGGUCCAAGCUGCUUGAUUCGGGUCUCUUCACCAAUCUGAAACUCCCACAGCCAUCUCGGAAGCAGAGACAGCAUUCCUUAGGCUAAGCAGUUGGAUCCACAGACCUAACAGAUUUGACAGGGAAACCAUAAUGGUGCCUCCCAUACAAGAUAAUCAUUGAAAUCCCAGACUAAUUCCGUGCUUGGUCUGCAAUGGGACCCACAGUCACUCUGUUCUUUGGGGCUGCGAUUCUUUGGACUUAUGGACUAGGCGGGAGGGCAGUUGUUAACCGUAUUCAGAAAGCCAUGUGAGUAGCUAGCUAACCAGCCAUCAGACAUCCAGGUCUGUAGCUAAAGAGCAGCCAGGCUGAUGGCCACAGAGGAGGACUCCUAUCUCACGUUUAGGUUCUUGAGGCUAGCCCAGGCAUCUCCAUUGUAGCUCCAGGAGUGAAGAGUUCGGUGUGUGUGAAAAUGCACAGACACAGAUGAGUCAGGGUAGCAUCUUUUCUGUAAAUAUAUCAGUAAGUCUAGGCAUUGACAUAAACUGUCAGCUAAUUGAUCUUUCUCCUCUGCAGUGGGGGUUAGCCAUCAUUCCAGCAACAUGAUGUUUACAAAAAACACAGCUGUGCUUAGUGGCUGACUUUGCACCUACUUUACCUUACAGCUGCCUUCUCCUCUUGCUGAGCGGGGUCACCUGAUGCCGAUGGAGCAACAGUUCCAUUGGUCUCUGAAGCUCAUAGUUGGGGGUGGACAGCCAGAGACGGGAGCAGGAGGAAAAGCAGGCUGCUGCUUCUGAGGAGUCUCUAGAAUUCAGUCUUGAAGAGCCUAUUUCUGAGAAACUCCCUAGAGCCUUCUGGGUGCCAGCACUGCUUCCUGUGCUGUUGAGGCACGAGCGUGCUGAUGUAAAGGUAGCAAGGGUGAGAGAGGCUGUCCUUUGUUAACCUCUCCUUCGGUCCUCCCCUACCUGGCCGGCUUCUCACAGAGCCAGACCAGAGCACAGGCGUCUGUGUGGCCGACUGUGUGUACGUCAGCACCCCUUGCACCCUUUGCUCCAUGUAUCAGCUGUGGAGUACGCCUUGAAAAAGUGAGUCCAGUCCACAUCACUAUGAAGUCACACCAGGCUGCUCCCGCAGUGGCAGUGAGCAGAUGCAAGCCUGCAUAGUCUGCUGUGAGUCUUCUAUAAAGGGAAGUAGUUUGUGCAGAACUAUAUAGGAACCGCCCCCUACAGUGAUGGCUGAAGCUAGUAGUCAGAGGAUACGCUUGCCCAUCUCUCUUGAAAUACUUUCUAAAAAGGCAGCUGGCUUUAUUUGGAAGAAGACAGUUCAUGUCCCUCAUAUCUUUCUGACUUUUAGCAGAAAUAGGCGUUUCUUUCUUACCACUGGCCUCUAGGAAGAGGGCUAAAAACUCGGAUGUGGGUCCUGCCAUUCUGCUGGUGGCUCUCAUCAGACCCCUGCCUGAGCUGGCAGAGCCCUUCUGGGGAGUAUUAAUCCCCAUCUGUACCAUGCUGGGAGCCAUGUGCUAACCAAAAAGCACUUGCUGUUGUUCAUUGCUGGCUACUCAGUCAUUUUUAAGGUAGGAGAAAUUUCCAAUGACAAUAAUCCUCAGGGUCUUGGGGGUUUUGGGUUUGUGGACACCAAUGUUAAGUAUAACAUACUGAGUAUAACAAAAGCCUCUUAAAGUGGAUGUUUUCAGUUUUGUCGGCAGAUGGUAAUACUCAGCUAGUUGCCAUCUGGCUCAGGACUCUUUCCUCAGAAGCAGUAAAAAUAGCAGAGCUUAUCUCCUACCAAUCUAUAAAAGAAGGCCAAGUCAUUGCCUCGUAUUAGUGUUGACUUUAAACAUUCAGCCUUCCCUGUGCCGGGCGUGCAUCCAGGCCAUUGCCGGCGUCCUACCUGGGGCCCAUAUGGUCCUAUCAGUUAAGAGUACAAUGUGACAGGAGGCAUUUGCCUUGCACUCCUCCCACACCUCCCACACCUCCCACACACUCUGGCUUCCAAAGAGAAGCUGGUUUCAUUGCUGGGAUAGAAGUUAGGAUAGGAACUUGAAACUGUAACUUACCUUGCUGGAACCCAUGGAAAGGUGAGAGUGACACUCAGAUACAAUAGGGCCAGAUGCUUCAUGGGAAGGUUCAUUUACACAAUUACCUAAUAUAUUUUAGCUAGAUGACAAAGGUAAAUUAGACAGUCGUUAACUGCUGUCUUCAUUCUGGCGGCGAGGGGCGGAACCUCCUGAUCUGAGGCACUGAAAGCCUAUCAAUACAGGGGAAGGUGAGACGGACUUGUCCUUCCACUGAAGCUUCUGGGGAAACUUCUCUAAGAGUGGUUGUGGAUCAGCUGGUGGCAAAAGCCAGCCUCCUAGAGAUGCAGGGCCUUGGGAAUGGUCUUUUUUUUUUUUUUCUCCCUUAAACUGCACAGCCAGAGUGGGUUGAGAUGCUUUCUCCAAGUUCAGAGUGGUAGAUAGAUGGAUAGACAGACAGAUAGAUAGAUAGGUAGGUAGGUAGGUAGGUAGUCCUUGCAGAGGUAGAGAAAGGGAUACAGGCGUGGGUGAACAGAACAUAAUGCUGGAUCUCACAGUGAACACUUUAUUAUGAGAAGUUUGGAAACUGGCAAGAGCAUCUAUAGGAAGACACAACAGGCCCUCCGGGGCUGCCGUCCUCCCCUUAGGCUUCCAGGCUAAUAGGCUACGAUUCUGAGAGCUGUCCAGCCCUCCCAUCUCUCCCUCAUACCCAUGGUGAGGCUCCUGAAGGCUUACCUCAGCAGGCCCAGUUUCAUCCCUUCCCAUUUCAUGAAAACCCUUUUCAGUCAGGUAGGGGAAGGGGAGAAGUUAAGGCCUAACCCAAGUCCUGGGCUUUGACUACUACUCCACUUUAUUGCUAAUAUACCUCUGUUCCCAGGAGUACUGAAGUGCCCAGUGUUGUGAGGGAAAGACGGUGAGUUAAGGCAAUGCUUUUCCUAUGAGAAAUGGAAGUUUAUUUUUUAUACCAGUGUUACUGAGUGGUGAAUUACGUACUGACACAUUGAAACAGAAAGGAAUUGCAAAGUUCUAAUCUAAAAAGCAAUGGGCAGCUUUGUAGUUUAAUAGCAGUGGAGACCCUUAGACAUGUCAUGUCUGUGACAGUGUUUUGGAGCAUGAGCACAUGCUCUCUGCUGUAUUAUUUCAACAGCAUUACAGAAGAUAGUCAACUGGCCCAGCAAGGGUGAGAGGGACAGUGGCCUUGGGGGAAGCUGCAGAACAGAAGAGCACGAAUAGCCUUUCAGUGACCAUUCCCCUCUUGAUCAAGGGGGAGAGUGAGAGAGGGGAAUGGCAGGCAGUCUGCUAACUAGCACUUUAAUUCACUUUAGUCCUGGAAGUGGGGUGAAAAGUUUAAAUGUAGUAAAGGAACGGGACUUUUCUGGUGCUAUCUAGAGAAACGAAGAUGGGAUGAAUAAAGCUCCUUUUAGAGCUUAUUCUAGAAUGUCAGCAUGGCGCUGGCUCUCAACCAUGCUGACUUAAACUCUGACAGGUUUACAGCAGAGGAUUUGUUUGCAUUUGCAGCAGGUGCCUGUUUUGUCUGCUGAGUUUACUUUCCUUCCUAAUGAUACUAGGACUCACUGGAGUGGGGUUUUAUAAAUUGUGAAUAGAUGGGACUGCAAAGUGAAAAGCCCAUACAGAGCAAACAUAUGUAAUUGACGUUGUAUCUGGGUCAAUUAAGCAAGGAUAUAUAAAAGUUAGGCAAACCCAAAGUUUACUUUCCUUGCCCAUCAGAAAUGCCUUCAGCCAUCAGAAAUGGGGGAUUCUGUCCUCCUGAACAUGAACUAGCAUGAGUGGCUACCAGGCUUCGGGAUAGGUAAACAAAACCAACUAAACCAACUUCCUUUAUUUGCCCAAAACUUGUUGGAUAAAUUUUUGUAUAAGUCUGGAAUAUAAUCCUUCCUGAAAAAAAAAAUCAUGGUAACCAAGGAAAUAUGCUUUCCUAGUUUUUUUUAAACAUAGUGUCCCUGCUGCCUUAAAUGUAAAAACCUAUUUUGAGUAAUAACCCCAGCCUAAGAGUUAUAGCAAUAAAUGAACCCGAAUCUAUUUUUCUUUCAAGUCUUUACCUCAUGUGACAAAGUCAGAAGGAUAAUUGGUAAGUUUUGCUCUGGGUACUACUGCAAACCGAUGUAUCCUUUCUCUGUGUCUUCAAUGGAGUAUUAUUUACAGACCUGAAGGAAGCUGGGCUUAACCCCAAGGCUAAGUGUAAAUGUUUCUUGAAUUGAUUCUUUCUGUGGUACAAGUUAACACCUGUGUAUAUCAUAUCUGUAUAUAUCUGAACCAAGUUAUGUGCAGAGGUUGAUAAUAACUAUAUUUACAAAAAAUUUUUACAAUUAAACUUCACAUUUUAACAUGA